AUGGCUUCCCCUUCACCGAAAUCUCCUGAACAAAACGAAAAAACCAAACAAUACGACCGGCAACUACGACUUUGGGGUGAUCAUGGACAAGCAGCGCUUGAAAAUGGUCAUAUCUGCCUAAUUAACGCAACAGCUCUGGGUACAGAGAUUCUAAAAUCAAUAGUUCUUCCUGGAGUUGGCGCCAUAACUAUAGUGGAUGAAAACAUAACCAGCGACGAGGACUUUGGGUGUAAUUUCUUUCUUGAAACCUCUAGUAAAGGUUUAAACAGAGGCUCUGAAACUUUACGAUUGUUAUUAGAGCUUAAUGGCGCCGUUCAGGGUCACUCAGUACAGGAACCGCCAGAUCAAAUUCUAAAAGAUAAUCCUGAUUUUUUUAAAUCAUUUAGUACAGUCAUUGCAACAUCAUUAAAUGAGAAGUUAAUAAAAGAUUUAUCACAGCACUUAUGGGACUUAAACAUUCCAUUAAUAUUGUGUAGAUCAGUUGGGUUUUUAGGCUCAUUUAGAAUACAGUUUAAAGAGCAUGCUAUUAUUGAGACCCAUCCCGAUAAUGAACGAGUUGAUCUCCGUCUAGAUGUUCCAUUCCCUAUUUUAUCCCAGUAUUUCGAUAGCAUUAAUAUCAGUACUCUUGACCUAAAAGAUCAUGGCCAUGUCCCAUGGAUUGUCAUUUUAUACAAAGCUGUACAACAAUGGCAAAUCACUAAUCUUGAUAGAUGGCCGAUGAGCAGAAAAGAAAAAAAUGAAAUCAAAGAAAUAAUCCAGCAAUAUAUAAGGAUUGAUGAAAAUGGAGUGCCAAUAACUGAAGAAAACUUUGAAGAAGCAAUAAGGGCAGUAAAUACAGCAUUGCUUCCUACAUUUCUACCUGUUAAAAUACAGGAUCUUAUUUAUAGCAGUGCAGCUAUUAACUUGACUAAGGAUAGUUCUGCAUUUUGGAUUAUGAGUUCUGCCCUGAGAGGGUUUGUAGAAGCUGAAGGAAAAGGGAAGUUACCUGUCACAGGUGUGUUACCAGAUAUGACAGCUUCCACAGAACAUUACGUAAAACUGCAAAAUAUUUAUCGGUCUCAGGCUGCAGCAGAUGCAGAGAUAGUUUAUAGAAAAGUACAACAAAUAGUAUCACAGCUACAAUGUGACACUUUGAGUGAAGCUGAAGUCAAGCUAUUUUGUAGGCAUGCUCAUGAUUUGCAUUUAAUUAAAGGAUCUAAUAUAGCUUUAGAAUAUCAACCUGGUGGCCCUGUAGCAUCUUACAUAGCUAGACAUUUAGAAGAACCUGAUGUAAUGAUGGUGCAUUACAUUCUAUUAAGAGCGGCUGAUAUGUUUAGAUCUGAACAUUGUCGUGCUCCAGGGGAAUGGGAGCCAGAAAGUGAUAUAGCAAAACUAAAAAAUUGUGUCUCAAAAAUAUUGACUGAUGUUUCUUGUUCCCCAUUCCCUAAAGAUGAUCAUAUUCAUGAAAUGUGUCGUUAUGGAGGUGCAGAAAUCCAUAGUGUGUCCGCUUUUCUUGGUGGUUGUGUGGCUCAUGAAGCUAUAAAACUAGUUACUAAGCAAUAUAAUCCUGUUAAUAAUACAUUUGUCUAUGAUGGAGCAUCCACUAAUUCUGCAACUUUUACAUUUUAA